CCACGCGGCCCGACCGCGAGGAUGUGUUUCCGUGAGAAUGUAUGUCGAUCGAGUUCCCAUUCACUACCGCGAGAAACGUAAAACAACCGAUCCUUUCUUCCCGAAGAGGCCUUGAAGAGAAUCCUCCAACCAAUCCACCCAACGUUGCGUCGCAAGCUGAACGUAAACGGUGAUCGUCGAGGAUUUCAAAACACGGACAAAUCGAUACAAACAUCGGUGUAACGUUACUAUUUUCAAUGGAAAAAUUUCUCUCCUCGGUAUCGAAGUUCCUCGAGUUGCAACUUGGUGCAUGCAACGAAUAUGGACACUUGUGCGUGUACUCCGAUUCGUUGAUCUCCGGGACAGCCUGCAGGUGUCACGGUUCCGGGCACUCGGACAUUCCGGAACAGCAUUCCCGUCGAACGAAGAGUUUCCAUUCCGGGACCGUCUUCCAGAACGCAAAGAAUCGCCGACAUCCCGAUCAACGAUAAGACAAUCUCGUAGGAUCUUCGGUACCGAAAUUUUCUUGUUCGCAUUUCCGCGACGCCGAACAUCCGUGAAUUUCUGUUGCUCGAAACCGCGAACUUUUCUGUUGGAAUCUCCGGGGAACUCGACGAAAUUCUCGGAACUCGGGGAACCGCGACGGUACGGAAUAAAACGGUUUUUACGAUCGAAAUUAACGUCGGGAGCUCGUUACGGAGGGAACACAAUGGGACGCGUAGCUGUUCGAACUGUCCAAUAAAACAAUGAUUCCGUUUCGACGCAUUCUUAAGCAGUUAUUUGUCUAACUCGAGAUCCUUGAUACACUAAAACAAUACCUCUCUUACGAACCUAUUUAAUCAGAUUCACGCGUCAACAGGAAACUCGAACACUAUCCAAUCGACAUUGAUUCCCAACAAUAUAAUUUCCAACCAAUUACAAUCUCCUCGAACAACUACAACUCAUUCUUCAACCGCAUUCGUUAGCCAUAACAGCGGCGGUGUCUGCGCGAGGGAAACGCGAAACCGGAAGUGAGCAGCAACGCGCGCGAACCGGCUGAAACGGAUUCGAAGCUCGCGGCGAGCUCCGUGAAUUGCCCGCUUUCGAGGCCGCAUUGGAAUUCAGAGGGACUCGAAAACGGCCCGGCAUCCCGAUCGGCGUCCACUCGAGACUUAAUGAACCCUCUCCCGGCGAUCCGUCUCGCGGAUUCAUACCUUUCGACGCGGUUCGGCCCGAGACACCGGGCAGGAGCGAUCGUUACCGCGCUCCCGCUGGAAUUUCGUGCUAUUUAAAAUUCAAAUCGUCCUCGGGACACCGUGCGCCGUCGACCGGUACGUUCUUUCGACGGUCGAUCAUCGAAUUAGGAGAACUUUCCAGUGCCGUGAGUUGUGAUUCGCAAUUUCGUCGGAGAAACAAAGUGUCGGGGUAGAGGACGACGUGAUCGGCGUCGCGAAGAAUUCGGGGAGGAGAGAGGAGAGAACUGGCGAAGUUGAAAGCCGCGGAUCGACAGGAAGAUAAGCCCGAAGAAUAUGGAGGAGAGGGCUGAAUAAUCGGCGGGCCGAUCCCGGUGAUUGCGAGUAGUACAGCCGGUCGUAAAGUCGGCCCUGAAGAAUCCAUAAACCGGGGUCUCCGGAUCGGUGCCGCUGAAUAAACGCGAGAAGCCGGCGGGCUGCGGGUCUUCUUGGUCAAUUUCGAGCGCCGGCGCCCGGGAUGGGGUGCGUUUUACGAGGCACGCGCCGGACCCGGAAAGGACCUCGUCUCGCGGCUGCUCGCUGUACUAAAGGCCCUUGAAGAUCGGCGAGCUCUGAAGAUCUUGGUCGAUCGUCGACUAUGCGGAGCUGCGAUCGAGGAAGUCCGGGAAACUGGACGAGAUAGAGCGUUCGCGGUCCGAUGAAUCGGUGAUCUGAUCUGGUUCGGAGGAGGACAGCUUCGGAGAGGACAAAUGUAGCUGGGUUUGAUACCGAGGACAUCGAAAUGGAGGGGAAUUUGACCAUGUGGACGGAGUCGAAUUUGACCGCCAUGCUGCACCAGGUCCCGUGUAAUGAUAGCUUCCUGGGGUGUUUAGAGGACUGUGGGCCUGGUUUGUUCGGAUUCGAUCAUCUUUGCAUGGUGGAGAGGGGCAGCUUCACGUCCUCCAUGACGCUGCUCUGUCGGCCGUGCGAUUAUUCCUGCGACAUGAACGUCUCGCUGGUACUCAGCGGCCUGGAGAGCAUCGAGGGAGUGUUCCUGUCGAGGAUACCGAGGUUCAGGGAGUGCAACGAGACUGCGUUCGGGAAUCAGAUCUUGGAAUGCACGCCGACCAACUCGACGACGGAGGAUCUCGCCGUCUCCUGCUCGCACAGGUCGAAACUCGGCUCGACGGCGAGGGGCCGCCGAUUCGACUGGAGCUUCCUCUUCGUCGCGGUGUUCAUCGUGGCGGGCGGCCUGGGCAACAUACUGGUCUGCCUCGCGGUGGGACUCGACAGGAGGCUGCACAACGUCACGAAUUACUUUCUCUUGUCCCUGGCCGUCGCCGAUCUACUCGUCAGCUUGUUCGUGAUGCCACUGGGCGCCAUACAGGGAUUCCUGGGAUACUGGCCGUUCGGCGUGAUCUGGUGCAACGUGUACGUGACGUGCGACGUGCUCGCGUGCUCCGCGAGCAUAAUGCACAUGUGCUUCAUCUCGCUGGGCCGUUAUCUGGGCAUCCGGAAUCCGCUGCGGACGAGGCACACCGCCACCAAGCGGAUGGUCGGCUUCAAGAUCGCGGCCGUCUGGCUGCUCGCCAUGUUGGUCUCUAGUUCCAUUACAGUGUUAGGUAUAAUCAAUUCCGUGAACAUCAUGCCGCGUCCGAGCACGUGCGUGAUAAACAAUAGAACGUUCUUCGUGUUCGGAUCGUUGAUCGCCUUCUACAUCCCCAUGAUCGUGAUGGUGGCCACGUACGUUCUAACGGUGCCGUUGCUGAGGCAGCAGGCGCGUUUCGUCGCCGAACACCCGGAACGAAAUCAGUUCCGCAGAUUAGGGGGCAGAUACGCAUCGACCAAGGCGUCCACGACCACCUCGAGCACCGCGUCCCUGACCACGCGACACGCCUGGAGGAUCUCCGGUGGCACCGGAAGCGACAGGUUUAUAACGGCACGAGCGAAGGGCAGAUCUCUGGCAGCGAACGCAGUGGCGACGGAGCAGAAGGCCAGCAAGGUCCUAGGUCUAGUCUUCUUCACGUUCGUCCUCUGCUGGGCGCCAUUCUUCCUCCUGAAUAUCUUUUUCGCCGCGUGCCCGGAGUGCCCGGUGCCCGGUCACGUCGUGGACACGUGUCUGUGGCUGGGAUACGUGUCCUCCACCAUCAACCCGGUCAUUUAUACCGUCUUUAACAAGACAUUCAGGGCGGCGUUCAUCAGACUGUUGAAAUGCAAAUGUUCUAGGCUGGCGAGACCGGAGAGAUAUCGUUCGGUGACGGAAGGUGGACGCAACGCGAUGAGCCUGUGCACCCCGACAGCCCUUCCCCUAGCCAUUAGUCUUCAGGGUACGUCGUUGUUGACGCCGACGCCGAACCCGACGACGACGCCGACGUCAGGAAGCUCGUACGUGACGAUGAUGCAUCGGGAGCCGAGAUUUAUGUGCCGCGACACGCCCCCGUCGUGAACGCGAACGCCGUUCUCGAGUAGAGUGCAAGAUGCUUGCGCUUUAACGGUGCCAUUUUUGUUCCCCCUGCCGAGAAUUUGGAAGUUCUCGUCGCGAAAUGUUUCGAGGAACCACGAAGAAACGUCUAUUUCACCUGCGACCCGGUAGAGUUGAUCGAUUCCCACGAACGUCAGUGAAACGAUCGACGAACGAUCGAUAUGAACGGACGCGAGACAUUUGGGUACGUAAUUAGGAAGUCGCCGCGGGCGUUGCUGGUCGAACGACGAAGGAUGAUUCAAGAGAGAACUGUUAAUAACGAUCCUCGAAAGUCACUUUAAUUCUCAACACGAGUAUCCCUGUGCCCGAAGAAGCUCGACCUUAAUAGAAAACUCAGCUGCGAACUGUGUAACCCGUAAAGUACCAUGAAUGUAUCUCGAUGUGAUCAAAGGACGAAUUACUUUGUCGGAACUGGCCCUCACCCUUUCGGGGAUGAUUCUCUGGAGAAUAGACAAGAGGAGGGAAUCGUUCUGUACCUAUUGUUGUUGAACCAAAGAUUAACGAUAAGUUCAAGUGUACGUAGAGAGGGUAUCAAAGAA